CUGACCUUUGACAGAGUUUUGCCACCGAGUCAGUUGAGGUGACUCUGAAAUGCAACACUCAACAGAGCUCCAAGAUGCUUAACGCAGACACAAAGCUCCUUAAAUCUCAUCCCACACCCCUCAUUGUUCUGGUUUUCCAUCUUCUUCUAACACACUUCUGUAGAGGUCAGUUUCAGCUGAUUGGCUCAUCUCAGCCAAUAGUAGCAACACUUGGCCACGACAUAAUUUUGCCUUGUCAUCUGGACCCUGCGGAAGAUGCCUCUGGUUUGACACUGGAGUGGACGAGAGCUGACCUGAACCCCAGAUUUGUCCAUGUGUGGCGUGAUGGUCAAGAACUUGAGAGUAAAAAACAUCCUUCCUUCGAGGGAAGAACGUCACUGUUCAUCGAUGAGCUGAAGCUGGGAAACAUUUCACUGAAAGUCUCCAAAGUGAAGAUUGGUGAUCAGGGAACGUACAGAUGCUUUAUUCCAUCACCAGGAAAGCAAUCUUCUGUUCAGCUAGUUGUUGCUGCUGUCUUUUCACCGGUUUUAAGUUUGGCUGGCAUUGAUAAAGACACCAGUGGAGUAGUUCUACAGUGUGAGUCUAAAGGCUGGUAUCCAGAGCCUGAGGUGGUCUGGCUGGACGGUGAGGGAAACCUCCUCUCUGCUGGACCUACAGAGACAGUCAGAGGUCCUGAUGACCUCUAUACUGUCAGCAGCAGAGUGACUGUGGAGAAGAGACACAGCAACAACUUCACCUGUAGAGUCCAACAGAAGAACAUCAACCAGACCAGAGAGACACACAUCUAUAUUUCUGAUGAUUUCUUCGAGGUCCAGUCCAGUUCUUUUACUCUCACAGUUGGUCUGGCUGUUAGUUUGGCUGUUUGUAUCCUGCUUAUUCUGUUACUUGUCUUCUUUGUGUGGAAAUGGAGACAAAACAUAAUCAUAAACAAGGGAAGCCACUGGGGUGACAGUGGUAGAGGAGAGGAGAGGAAUUGCUCCAAAAGAAACAAAACUGAAGAUCAGAGAGAGACACUCAUGGCAGAUGAAACAGUGCAAAUGGAGGUUUUGAACGAGGGAAAAGGGAAAAAGAAGAACAAACAUUUAAAUAAGCAGAAAACGGAGCAGCAGAGGAGGGAGGAAGCUGAGAAUAGAGUGAAGAGGGUCCUCAUUCUAUUCUCAGAGGAGCUGGAGACGAGGAAGAAUGAGAAACAAGAUGAGCUGCAGCAGCUCCGUGAAGAGAGGCAGAGGCACCAGAACAACCUGCAGACCGUGAAGAAAGAGCUGGAGAACAAGAACAAAGAGCUGCAGACAAUCCAAGCCAUGCUAUCCCGGUGGCCUUUGAGAGGCAGAAAAGAAGAAGAGCAGAAGAAGAAUAAAGCUGAGCAGGAAGUGGAGACACUGAAGAAGAAGAUGGAGACUCAUCAGAAGGAAUUAGACAUCAAAAUCAAACAGGUUGAAGACAAACAAGCUGAAGUCCAGCAGCUCCAGGAUGAGAUUCAGAGGAUGGAGACCAACCUGCGGACCCUGAUGGAGAAUCUGGAGUCCAACAACAAGGAGUUGGAAAGAAGCCAAGCUGCUCCGGUCCGGUCUCCUUCAUCUUGGUUGGAGGGAAAACAGGCUGAAAUCAGUCAGCUCCUGCAGGAGAAACAGAACAGGCAGAAGGAAGUGGACACCCUGUACAAUCAGCUGGAGACCAAGAACAAAGAGUUGGACCAGAAGCUCUGGCACGAGCAGCAGAGAGCAGAGAAAGCUGAGAAAGACCUGAAGGAGCUGAAGAUCAGAAACAAGGAGUGGGAAAAGAAGUUUAAGGAGGAGAAGAAGAAAAGGAAGGAAGCUGAGAGAAAAGUGGAGAACUCAAACAAGGAACCAGAGCCCAAGUACAUUGCAAACAGAUGUGAAGUGCUGGAGGAGAACGACACCAGCUCGACCAAUCAGAGCUCAAUCACAGCACCUGACGUUGAGGUCGACCCGCAGGGCAAAUAUAUUCGUCUCAGAAACUCGUCCAAUGAGGAGCAACAACUGGGAGGAUGGAGGUUAGGAGUCCGGUUAAAUGAGACAAAACCCAUCAUGUACACAUUUGAGAACUCAUUCAAACUACAGGCUGGAAACACUGUCACUUUGUGGGCUUCAGGUUCUGGUGGCCGUCAUGAUGCCACUGACCGGGUGUGGAUGGACCUGAAGUCCUGGAGGUCUGGAGACAAACUGCAGGUCACUCUCAUCAGCAACACUGGAGACAUUCACUAUAACUUAAAAUUCAUGUCAUGAAUCAUUCUUCCAUUCUGGAAUCAACAACAAUGGAUAUUUUAUUUAAUUUUUUAUGAAUAUCAAAUCAAACAUUAUUACAUUUUCCUUUUUGUGGCAUUUUCAACAAUUCAAAACACGUUUUCUUUGCUAGCCAUGGGAUUAGGACUGAAGGGAAAAUAAACUCAAAAACUGAGCGAAUGUAACUCAGGAACUUUUGUUCUGUAUUUGUACUGAAUUGAAUCUCUAUAUUAACAUUUCUUCUCCUUUGACACACACAGUUUCUACAGCUCAGUGGUUUGGACAGUAAAUAUAUUAUUUUCUAUUCUGUGUUUUGUAUUGUUUGUAAAUUAGUUCAUACUGUCAGUUUAGAAUGAUCUGCUCCAUGUUUCUGUAUUAAAGAGGUAAAAAUCAAAUAUCAAAUAUGUUUUCCAGACAUGUUGUUUAUAUUAUUAUUAUUUGUCCUGUGAGGUACAACUUUACAGUAUAUAAAUAAACACUUUUAUAUUUAAA